CUUCUACUCACGAUUUUAUCCCUUACCCAAUUGCAUUUUUGGCUGGUCCAAACAUCUUUCACGCACUGCAAAAAAUGAAAUUCCUCUCUGCACUCACAUACGCUCCAUUCCUGCUGACGGGGCUCGCCUCAGUGGCGAAUGCGCACACGUACUUGCGCAACCUCACGAUGAACGGUGUAAAAUACACCGAGGGUCAGUGCAUUCUGCCGUAUGUGGGCGACCGGAUUCAGCCAGUCUUGAAUCCGACUAGCCAGGACAUGAUGUGCCGGACGCAGGACAAGAAUCUGACAGCCUCGAUGACGUGCCCGAUCAAGGCCGGCUCGACAAUCACGGUUGAGUGGCACUGGCUCGAGGACUUCCCGAACGAUGUGAUUUCGUUCAACCAUCUGGGUCCGUGCAUCGCCUACAUGGCGCCUCUGGAAAGCAAGGGCCACGGCGAUGUGUGGUUCAAGAUCUUCGAGGAGGGCUAUGACCCCGCGACAAAGAAGUGGUGUGUGGACAAGAUCCGCGAGAAGGCUGCGCACGGCCAGUGGAACAUCACUAUCCCCGCGGAUAUCAAGCCUGGGGACUAUAUGAUCAGAACAGAGAUCAUUGCCCUGCACGAGGCAUACAGAGAGAACGGCGCGCAGUACUAUCCCAACUGCAUCCAGGCGCGUAUCCAGGGAAGCGGCAGUGCUACGCCCAAGGGAUAUGCAAUUCCGGGAAUCUACAAUGCAACUGAUGCAGGCAUUAUGUUUGAUCUCAAGAAGCCGUACACGUCGUACCCGAUCCCGGGCCCGCCGCUGUACAAGAGCGGCAGUGCCGACACUAACCAGAGGGUUGCAUAUUCAUCGCAGGCUGGCACACCGACUCCGACACCUACUGCUGUUCCGUAUGCGACACAGUCAAAGGUGUAUGCUGCCACCUCAUCAGCCGUCCACAGGUGCGCCGCUUGAAAUGCAUUUAUUAUAACGAAGUGUUCAGGAAUACAAC